AUGGAAGCCUUUAGAGAGGUAGUGGAUAGGUGUGGGCUCAAUGAUAUGGGAUUUUAUGGAAGGAAAUUUACUUGGUCAAAUGGGAGGCAUGGUGAGGCCUUCACCAAAGAAAGGCUGGAUAGAGCCUUCUGCAAUAAUGCCUGGACAAGUCUUUUUGCUGACUUGAGAGUCUAUGCCCUCCCAGCCCUCAAUUCUGACCACAGUCCCUUGUGGAUUGACAUGGACCUAUUGCAACCCUACUCUCUUAGAUAUCAGAGGCCUUUCAGAUAUGAGGCAUGCUGGACCCUGAAGGAGGAUUGCUUUAAAGCAGUGGAGGAAGCCUGGUGUAUACCUAGGAUAACACCAAACAAAAUGCAACACAUAGCUGAGGGGCUCAAGAUUUGCAAGCAGAAACUAUCUCAGUGGAGUAAACAGCAACUAGGCAACUUUAAGAGAGAAGUUAAGGAACAAAUGGAAUUUCUUUCAAAUCUACAAGAUAGGAACACAUGCCAAUUGAAUGAGGAGAUCAAACAAGCUCAUCAAAGGGUGGACAGACUACUGGAAGCUGAAAACCUUAAGUGGAAACAAAGAGCAAAACAGAGAUAG